AUGUCCGAACUUCCAGACUAUUAUGCGAUCCUUGAAGUUGCCCCCUCCGGGUCGGCCGACGAUAUAAAACGGGCAUACAAGAAAGCCGCGCUGAAGUGGCACCCUGACCGAGUGGCUGUCGACUCGCCUGAACGACAGAAGAGGACGAAGCUGUUCCAAAGAAUCAACGAUGCAUACUACGUUCUUAGUGACGUAACGAGGCGGAAAGAAUACGAUGAGGCGCGCAGGUUCCAUGGCACCUCGGCCUCCGAUUUUGAUUACGACGACGAAGACGCGGCUGCCGAUGAAGAAAUCCCUCACGCCAAACCAUCUACUUUCUCGUGGGCGAACAUGUUCGGCUUCGGUGGUGCUAAGUCGACCGGGGCGCAAGACGAUAGCCAGGAAAACCGAUUUGCCAACGACCAGUUUGGCUCUGUGUUUGAGGAAAUGCUGGGCGAAGACGGCAUGGCGGCCGAGGAAGGCGGCCGGAAGGUCCCAACAAAGCGGUUUUGGAGUGUCGCUGGUGGCAUUGCCGGCGCGGUCGUGGGCUUCAUCAUGGCCGAUGUGGUCGGGGCGAUCCCGGGGGCUAUAGCAGGGGCCAAAGCCGGGGCCAUCAGAGACGCGAAAGGAAAAUCUGUCUAUGCAGUCUUCCAAUCUCUCGAGCAGGACCAGAAGUCUCGGAUCUUGACCGAACUUGCUGCGAAACUGUUCAGCGGUGCUAUCAGUUGA